AUGUCCAGUAUCGAGAAGCUGUCAAUCCGCGGCAUUCGCAGCUUUAGUCCGAAUCGCGAGGAAAUUAUCGAAUUCUACCACCCUCUAACCAUUCUUUUGGGUGAUAAUGGAUGUGGUAAGACUACGGUAAUUGAAUGUCUUAAACUAGCUUGCACAGGCGGUCUACCUCCUGGCGCACGUAGUGGUCAAAGCCUCGUGCACGACCCUAAGAUUGCAGGCACAAAUGAAGUAAAGGCCAGUAUACGGUUACGCUUUCGUAAUCGAGCAGGUAAGGUCAUGCUCAUUCAUCGUACAUUCCAAGUACGACAGACGAAGAAGGCAAUUACUUUCAAAGCCCUGGAUGGCGUCAUUCGAGUAGUAAAUGAAUUAGGCGAGAAGGUCUCCUUAAGUCACAAAUGUGGCGAAUUGGAUCAACACAUUCCCGAUAUGCUGGGUGUGUCGAAAGCUAUUCUCGAAAGCGUCAUCUUUUGUCAUCAAGAAGAAUCCAAUUGGCCAUUACGAGAAGGCGCCGAAUUGAAAAAACGUUUUGAUAAUAUCUUUGAAUCGGCGCGAUAUACCAAGGCUUUAGAAGCUAUUCGAAAGCUUAAAAAGGCAAGAAUGGACAAUGCUAAGGAUUAUAAAAGGGAUCUUGACAUUUUAUCGGCUCACCGAAAAACAGCGGAGGAUAUUCGUGACAAAAUAGAACGAGCGCAGGAAAAACUCCAAGAAGUCACAGAAAAAGGAGACGAGGCCAAUCAUGAAAUUGUCAAAGCAAAGAAAACACUAGAAGAGUUGCAGCAACUGCAAGAUGAAGUGAAGAAAUUGCACGCACAGUUGGAAAGACGUGAGGAGGAUGUGGAGAGGAAGCAACAGAGUGUGCGUACUGCAUAUGGAAAGAUCGAAAAAAUCAUGAAUGAUACUGACGAAGAGUUGCAAAGUUCUCUAAACGACUACGAUGCCAUUAUUGAUGAACAUCACAAAGCGUUUUCCAGACUACAAGAGCAAGCGGAGAGAUUGAAGGAUGAGCAGGAAAAAGUUAAACAAGAAUACGUGGCGUUGUGUGCGUCAAAAGCCCGCGUAGAGACCAAUAUUGAUACAUAUCAAAAACUGGUAGCAGACUUGAUUGACUCGGCGUCUAAGCUUAGCACCAAGUACCGGUUUCACUUGCAGCCUUUGUCAUCUCAACCUGAAGAUGUCUCGGGCUUUUUGGAUGCGUUUAAAAACGUCGUCAAGGACAAACAUGACGCUGUUAAUAGUCUCGAUGUGAAGCAACGGCAGGAUGACGACAAAAUGACGACAGAGCUUCUAGAGUUAUCAUCACAGGUGAAACACUUAAGGGACGACCUUGCCACUAAAAAGCAAAAGCUUGCGGACUUGAAAAGAGAGAAAACGGUGAUUGCAAACCGAUUACGAGAGCUUGGGGGUGCUGGAAUUCAUUCACAGCGAGACGCUGAGGAAAUGACAUCGCAAUUGGCGAAAACGGAGAAGACAAUAGCAGAGUACAGGGCAAAAAACAACGUCAUGGCCUUAAAAGAUGAAAUUCAUGGUUUUAAUUUGCGAAUAAACGAUAUAAACCGUGUGAUGGACGAUCUUGGGCAGCAGAUUAACCAACUGCGUCUUCGUGCCCGAGAAAAUACCGCAAUUGAGGUUAAGCGAAGCGAGCAUCGGAAGAAGGAGGAAGUUUUUCAGGCCACUUUGUUCGAAAAAGUAGCCGAUGUCGAAGACAUAUUUGAAGGUGGCGAAAAGCCGAAAGAUCGAAAUACUUUAUUAACAGCAAUCUCUGAUAUUGAUAGCCGAAUUACUGAGCGUAAGCGCUGUCUCGACGCGAAAAAAAGUGAACUCGUGUCAGCUGAGCAGCAUUUGAUGGAAAAUGCAACGUCUUCGAAGCUUGUGGAAAAAGAAUUAAAUUUAAUGCGAUCAACGAAGAAUCAACUUGAGCGGCAGCAUAUGACGAGGUUGAAAGAAUUAUUGGAUAAAAUCAAUCCCGGACAUGAUUUGAAAAGCGCUGAAUUGGGUAUCAAAGAAGCGGAACGAGCUUAUGCAGAUGCCAAGGAUAAAGUCGUUCGUCGCAAGAACAUGGUCAUGUUCUUAAACAUUUACAAGAAGAAAGGCUUAAAAGAGCACUGCUGCCCAUUGUGCGAGCGCGACAUGACUCCGGCGGAAGCACAAGCUUUUGAAAGCAUUUUAAGCAGUAAAACAGAUGACAAAAAGGUUGCAAAUAAGAUAAAAGAAGCCGAAGAGCUUGAAAAAUCGUGGCUUCAGACUUUGACAGAGAUCAAGGAGAAGAUACCAAGUUGGCGUAAGUGGCUCGAGUUGGAGACUACGAUACUUGAUAAAGUGAAGGAGCUUGAGGUGGUUUAUAGUGCUCAAAAAGCUUUAGAAAUUGACGUGAAAGAUAAGAAAGCUGCGUUUGAUCUGGCACAGGAACAGGUUGAAGAUGCCAGAACAGCUAAGUUCGAGAUGGAAAUUUUGUGCAAAACUGCUAACGAGCUGUACCAUACUGACAUAGCACUACGAAAGGAAGAGGAGCGAAUGGGAGGAAGUCAGGGAUCCAGUGGUCGAUCAUUGUCGGACGUGGAAGCUGAAAAAGAUGCUAAGCAGGCUCAAGUCCAGGAUCUUAACCAUCAGCUCCAGCGGAAGCAAAAGGAGCUAGAUCACAUUAAUGACACGUUGCAACAAUUGCAAAACGAUUUGCUCAGUCGAAAAGAAGAGAAAUUUCGGAUGGAAACCCAGCGCAAGGAAUACGAUGAGGCCGUGAGAGAACAGAAUCGAUUGCGUGAGCAAGAGAAGGCGUUAAAAGACGCUUAUAACCAAUUAAAAGCAUCCGAGCCCGAGCUAGAGCGUAAGCUUCGAAAGAAAACAAGUGAACGGGAGAUGCGACGUACAGAGGCAAGAGAAGAUCUACGAGCGCAACGUUUGGAGCUUCAGGAACGUCAAGGGGACUUUCAAGUCUUCAGUGCGAAAUGUAAGCAAGUAGAGCAAGGCGAAUUAGCCAAACUGGAGCGUCAAGCUCAUACAUUAAGCGAUAAUAUUGCACAGACGAAACAUCGCGAGGAUGCAGCGAUUCAAUCAUUGACAGACCUGACACCACAGAUAAAAAUUGCUGAGGAAGUUUUAAGUAAAAAUGAAAUUGUCAAGCGACAAAUUCACGACAAUCUCGACUAUCGAGAGCUUCAAAAAGAGUUGGAAACGUUGCGUAUUGAGGCUGAGGAUCUUAAACAUCAGGUUGGAAACUUGCCACUUCUUGAUGACGUGAAUGAUCGAGUAGCAUCAGCGAGUGCAGCAUUGAAUAUGGCGGAACAUUCGUUUGCUGUGAUGAAGGGAAAGAGACAGCAGUUAAUGGAAGACAUUCGUGAACGAAAGGUUCAGCUUCGUGUGCCAACAUUAAAAGAUGUUGAAGAAAAGUAUCGUCACAAGCUCAUUCAGUUUGAGACAACACAAAUGGCCGUGGCAGACUUGGAUCGCUACUAUAAAGCAUUGGACGAGUCAUUGCUGCAGUAUCAUUCAAAAAAAGUAGAAGAAAUCAACACAAUCAUCCGUUCGUUAUGGCAAAUUACAUACAAGGGCCAAGAUAUUGACACAAUUGAGCUCGUGAGCGGUCAACUUGAUGGUGCCGUAUCAAAAGCUGCACGCUCGUAUGACUACCGUGUCAUGAUGAAAAAAGCUGGAGCUGCAAUCGAUAUGCGAGGUCGCUGCAGUGCUGGACAGAAAGUUCUUGCGGCAUUGGUGAUUCGGCUGGCUCUUGCUGAGACGUUUUGUUUAAACUGUGGUAUAUUGGCGCUGGAUGAACCUACGACGAAUCUGGACACGGAAAACAAAUUUGGGCUUGCACAGGCUAUCACAGACAUUCUCAGCGCGCGCUCACAGCAGCAAAACUUUCAACUUGUUUGUAUUACGCACGAUGAAGAGUUCGUGCAAAUGCUCAGUCGAACGCAGACCAUAGAGGGGUCCCGUCCAGAAUUUUAUUGGCGCAUCUUGAGAGAAAACAUCGGUGGUGAUCGCUUCGUAAGCAAAAUCGAGCGACGUGAGUGGGAAGACGGCAUUUAA